AUGACCGCACGUACAUCAAACAACGGUGGGCCCGUGCUUCAACAUCAUCAGUCUUCGUCAUCGAACCCAACCUCAUCUACCACGACCAACUUUAGAGUACCCAGAGCAAAAGGACUGAAUAGACCUACCACCUGGUUCACCAGUUCUUCAUUCGGUAAAUCAUCCACCUCAUCUUCCUCUUCAUCUUCCUCCGCUGGCGGAGGUAAUUCUUCCUCUUCGACGUCUUCCAGCGCAACUGCUACUGCCGCCGCAACCGCCGCAAGUCCCAUGGCAAAUCCCUUCGCAGUCCCUUCCUCAUCAUCGUUCAAAUCCCCUUUCCCGUCUUCCAAAGGCAAACACAAACUCUCACCUUCCCCAUCACCAUCAAACAGACAACAAGACGACGACUUUGUCAUGAUCUCGCCUGUCAGAACGACAUAUGGUUUAGGAGUGAAUCUGCAUCCUCACUCUGUCCAUAAUGGAUAUUCACCCUCAGCAUCGCCUUCUCGAUUAGCAUGUCUGCAAAAGAGCAAUUCUAUGAUGAGAGAAGAUUCAGCUGCCUCAUCGUCGUCGCCGCUGGAGGAAAGUCCAACACCAGCUUGUGGAAUGGCAAGUGCAACGGCGCGAUUGAAACUGGUAGAUGAUGAAUCGCCCAUCCGAAGGGUUCCAGGACAGAGUAGAAGUUUGGCUAGAGCUGGAAAGACAAAGGAAGAUCCUAGAAGCGUAUUCUUAUCCGCUGAGAAGGAGAGGUUGACCACGGGAGAUCAGUCCAGUCCAUUGAAAUUUGCCACCAGCCAUUUUAUGAAUACGGGAGAUAAUGAUGAAGAAGAUGAAUCACCUUUCUCACCACCUACACCUAUAAUGGGUAAUGGGUUGCCUGUACCACCCCCUCAACCACUUUUCCCACCUAUACGCACAUCACAAUCACAAGAUGGUACUUCCUCCAACUCGCUCUUCUCCCACAAAGCCGAUUCGUCGCGGAUACCCAGGUUAUCCACCUCGCAUCCACUUAGAGCAAGGGCAGGUACGGAUGCCGAGAGACCAACACUAGGAUCGAUCACGAAAAAAGCCAUCUCACUCGAUCAGAUACCUACCUCAAGUGGCAGUGAUAAAGAUGAGUUGUUCGGUAGUACCUCGCAUAUCCAAGUGAAGAAGACUAGACCAGCAUCAACUUUUGGCUCAUCAGCUCUGCCAGGAUUGCCGUCUUCUUCGUCCAGUGGCAGAGCUCACAAAAGAAUCAAUUCUGGUGAAGGUCUACCUCACGCUGCGAAUACUGCUUCUUUAUCUAGAUCAUUCGGUGCGAAAUCUUUAGCUUUAUCACUUACACCUAAUCUUGGCCCUCUGCCCGAUUUCAGCUACUCCAAUUCAUCCUUGUCUUCUCUCUCCACUGCAAAUCUUACGCCACCUGCAUCUGCCUUCUCGCCUGCCGAACCACCUAUAUUCGAAGAUGUCAAGCCACUUCAAGAAGCUUUUGAACAACCGCAUAAUACAGUCAGCAGGAAGUUCAAACCGAGAGAUAGUGGAGUAUCGAUGGGAGAUGAAGAAGAUCGACCGAAACCAAAACUUCUGAUACCUCCCCCCUCAGUGAUGAAAUCUACUGCAUCGGGUCGACCACGUCGUCCUGCGAUGCUCAAGAGGACCUCGUCUAUGGGAGAUGAGCGAUCGUCAUCCUCAGGUAUGGACGUUGAGACUCCAGGUAUCACACCGAUGAUGGCUAGUGGAUGGCCAGCCGAGCGAAACGCCUUCGAUUUCUUAGGUGAAAGUGGAGUAGGGAUAGGAUUGAAACAUGGUGGAAACGAAGCUAAACCGUCUAUGCCUGAUACACCCGUCAAGAAGAAUGCCUUCACCCAUUCAUCGACUGCACCAAGAGGGAUCGGACAUUCUUCCUCUCAACCUACUCUCGGCUCAACGCCUUUUGAAUCGGACGAUACGAAUGGUACUCCAUUGGAACAGUCGACCAAAACUAAUAUACCCUCUACCUCAAGAUCGAGCUUCAUACCGCCCCCCUCGACGAAGAAGUUACCUCCGCCAUCGACAAUGAAGAAACGACCUGGAUCGGGUGUACCUCAGCUCACGCUGACUACGUCGUCUUCACCUGACUGGGGAGGGUCACCGAUAGAUACUGACGACGCUGCGUCGAGUCCGACGGUUGGGAUGGGCGGUAAAGCUGCGCAGUCCCAGAGCCUGAAACCUUCAACACUUGGUGCCGGGACUGGAAAGGUGAAUAGAGUGGGUCUGCUGAGGAGGUUGAGUAAUGGUGUGGCGUCUGAGAGUGAGGAUGAAGGUACACCGACGAAAGAUGGCGGGGAGAAAGCUACGCUGGCCGUAGCAGCUCGAUCGAAUCUGGUCACUCCCACGCCCAGUCCGAAGUCAUCUUCCACAACAACUCUGCCCCACAUCUCCCAUGCCAAACCACCACCUUCAUCAAUGAAGAAUAUCUCUACCACCGGAUCAGGAAUAAUGCCCCGGCUUUCUUUACCUGCUUUACCACCUUCCAGCAAACAUCAACAUCAUCAACGUACACUACACCACCGACAAUCACACCCUGCCACUUCCACUAUACAACCUGCAGAAGAAGAUUUGUUCGAAAAGAAAUUUAUUACUUUGGAAGUUCUGGGUAAAGGUGCUUUCUCCACCGUGGUGAAAGUUCAAGAUAGACAUGGAGAGGGAUUAUGGGCGGUGAAGAAAGCUAGAGGGGUGUUUGAUGGUAUAAAAGACAGACUACGACACCUUGAAGAAGUUGAUAUCCUCCGACAUCUAUCGAAGAACCCUUGUCCCCAUGUGAUCAAAUUUGAAGAUGCAUGGGAGCAGAACCGACAGCUGUUCAUUCAAACUGAAUUGUGUCUAGGAUCACUAUCGUUCUUCUUGGAAGAGUAUGGUAGAGUGGUGGAGAGAUUAGAUGAAGGGAGGGUAUGGAAGAUUGUCAGAGAGUUGAGUGAUGGAAUCAACCAUAUCCACUCUAACGGCGUGAUCCAUUUCGAUAUCAAACCUGCUAACAUUCUCAUAUCUUCCACUGGAUCAUUAAAAAUUGGUGAUUUCGGCUUGGCCACUCGGUAUCCUCGGAUCGAACCUUCCGAAAUCCUCAAAGGAUCAGGAUUAGGCGUUGGAAAUAAUCACAACUCGGGUACUGUUACUUUCCCAUCGAAAAGUGAGAAACUGGAAAGAGAAGGUGAUAGAGUUUAUAUGCCUCCUGAGAUGUUGAGAGGGGUGUUUGUCAUGGCUGCGGAUAUUUUCUCUUUCGGUCUGGUAAUCCUUGAAGUAUCAACCAAUAUCUGUGUACCCGAUGGAGGUCUACCAUGGCAAGCACUUCGAUCGAAUGAUUUCUCUGUUGUCGACCUUUCACCUCUCUCACCUGCGCUAUGCGAUUUGAUCACCCAAUGUAUGAACUCUAAACCUGAAUCUAGACCUACCAUUGGACAUAUCGUUCAGCAUCCUGUGAUUCUAAGAGCGAAGAGUAAAAGUGAGAAACCCGCUUUGGCACCUGAGGAUAAGAAUUGGUUAGUGGAUGUUUUGGCUGGGGGGUUUGCAAUCCCGUCUAGUACGAUGAGUGAAGAUGUGGAGAUGAUGGAUGGGUAG